GUGGUUGGGUGCGACCCCUCAUCGGCAUCAUCUGCUCCAGAGGGCCAGACGCUCGGGCCACGGUUUUAAUUUGCAGCACGAGCGCUUGCGGCUGUUGCUUGGUGGAGAAAGCGUCGAGCUGCAAAGAUCAAAAGAACGCUCGAGCGCCGAGAGGGGCCGAGAGAAUCUGCUGCGCGCUGCUGCAAGACGACCACGAGGUUUCUUCGUCGAGGAAGAGCGAGAUUUUGGUUGUAGAGAUUUAGGGAACUCUCGGGCACGGGAGGCGAGGUCCGUAGGUGGGAACAGGAGGCGCAGCAGCAGCAGCGGCAGCAGCAGUAGCGAGGCGGAGCGGGCGGGCAUUGUGCUUGCCAUGGCGGCGGUGCUGGAGUUGGGAGUGGCAGCAGCUGCAGCGGGAGCGAUGGCGUGUAGGCCUCUGCAUCAAGGCGGAGUGUGUAGUUCGGUAGUGGCCGCAGCGUCUCCCUUGAGAGUCGGCCACUCGCAGGUUCUCGGUAGGGCUGCCCUUCCCGUGUGCAGGGGUUUGAGAGUCAGCGUCAGCGGAAGGACUUCUCGCUCGGCUGCUGUCGUGCGCUCCGCUCCUGCCUCGAGAGGAAUCGUCUGCGAGGCUCAGGAGACCGUCACCGGAGGUACUGGUGUCGUUUCCGAUCAAACUUUCCAAAAGCUGGUGCUCGAGAGCGACGUCCCCGUCCUGGUCGAUUUCUGGGCUCCAUGGUGCGGUCCCUGCCGAAUGAUUGCUCCGAUCAUUGAUGAACUCGCAAGGCAGUACGCGGGCAAGAUCAGGUGUUUGAAACUCAAUACGGAUGAGAGCCCUUACAUCGCCACCGAGUACGGAAUUCGAAGCAUUCCCACCGUUAUGAUCUUCAAGAGAGGAGAGAAGAAGGAUACCGUCAUAGGUGCUGUACCUAAGUCUACGUUGACCGCAACGAUCGAAAAGUACCUUGACUGAUGGGCGCCAGAAGUCAUCUCAGGGGUAUACUAAUGGCUCAGGGCCUUGUUGACGACACUCCAUCAGCAUGGUGAAGUGAUCUCGUCAAGCAGUGUAUUUAUGAUGGGAAGCCAUUAUGGUGCCUCGCAUUAUUUCUGUGAGCUAGAUUGAUUGGAGCCAUCUGUUGUUCCUAGAAUCUAGUCAUGAUGUGGACCAUUAGUUCAGUUGACACGAAGUUUUGAUCAAUGUUAGGUGCUCGACUAAUCGUGCAGCUUGUAUUUUAAAUAAGGUCAAGGGAUUGAAAUUCUUCAUCAUUUAGGAAGGAGCCCUUUGGGACUUUGUAUAAGGUAUGAGAGUCAAGCAGCAGUGUCAUACUGUGUUCAAUAUGACAGUGUAUAUUUCUGAGACUCACUUGUAUUCUUUUGGAAAGUCCUCCCGAAUGGUGAGCCCUUGAGCUUUUGCUAUAAAUUCUAGUAAAUAUCUCAUCAUGCCCUUCGAGGUGUGGCUUUUUCCCGAUCAUAUCUUGGCUGACUGUGCUUGAUCGCA